AGACAUCUGGGUCUGCUGCCCCCAAGCUCCUAUUCUAGGUUAAUCCAUGAAGUGAAAGUCAGUGGGAUGCAACGUCACAGGCUGGAGGUGCAGAGCUCCAACUCCACCAGCCCGAACACAGAUAACUUCCAUCUUAUUGUUGCAGAUUCAGCUUGUGAACGAGUCUUCACAGUAAAUGAUGUGUCACACGGAGGCUGCAAGUACGGCAUUAUGAAUUUCCACGGCUGCAGAAAAGGCUCUCUGUCGGUGGAGAUGUGUGAUAACCUUUAUUUCACUAACCGUAAGGUGAACUCUGUGUGCUGGGCAUCCGUGACACAUACAGACUCUCAUGUUCUGUUGUGUUUGGUGGGCAUUUCUCAGACCCCAGGCUGUGUAAGCUUAUUACCUGCUUCUCUUUUCAGCAACUUCAAUCCAGAUCAACCAGGGAUGCUGUGCAGUUUUAAGAUCUCCACAGCUUGGUCAUGUGCAUGGUGCCUCAACCCACAGGCUGAUAAAACCUUCAGCACUGGCCUUUCUCGACAAGUGAUUGUGACGGAUGCUGUGACUGGACGCAGAGCGACAUACCUCGCAGGCAGUGAUGUUCUAGCUCAACAGUUUGCCCUGAGGGCUCCCGUGCUGUUCAACGGCUGUCGCUCAGGAGAGAUCUUCAGCAUUGACCUGCGUCAGCGUGACACGGGUCGCAGUCACGGUUGGAAGACCAGCCGCUUCUUCCAGGAGUCAGCCAUCACCUCGGUCCAACUGCUACAGGAUGAGAACUACCUCCUCGCUGCUGACAUGCUGGGCAAGAUAAAGCUGUGGGACAUCUGUGUCAAGCGGUCCGUCAAACAGUAUGAAGGACACCACAAUGAAUAUGCCUACCUACCCAUUCAUGUCAAUGAGCCAGAAGGAUUGCUGCUUGCUGUGGGUCAGGACUGCUACACCCGACUCUGGAGCCUCCAUGACCGCCAUCUCCUCAGGACCAUCCCCUCACCUCAUCCUGCAGGGAAAGACUCUAUCCCAAAUGUGGUGUUUUCCUCCCAGCUGGGUGGUAGUAGAGGACUUCCUGGACUCCUUAUGGCUGUCCAUCAUGAUCUGUACUACUACUCUUACAACAAAGACUAUCGGGAGGGUCUAACACUGGAGGGUCAGUGCUAACAUUUGCCAUCUAAAAACACAGGCUGCUGUGUGGUAAAUACAUAAGUGUCUUACUGACCAAAAUGUUGCCAUUUUACCGUUUGCCUUUAGUUUUUCCUUUUUUAGUAAUAUUCCAAAUUAGACUGUGAUGGAUUCAGAAUACUUCUUAUCCAUUAUAUCAUCAAUAGAUUACAUUUUGGAAAAGCUUAUUAGAUAUAAGAUCUAAAUUAUAGUCAUUUGAAACAUACCUCCUAAAAGUACAAUUUCAU